AUGUUCCCACAUAUAUGCACACAAACAGAAUCUUUCAAGUUGGCAUUAAAUUAUUUUAUCAAUGGUUCAAGUGAACGUUCAGAAUUGAAUCAAAUCAAAACACGAUUCAAUUCGAUUCCAAUUAUUCUUGAAGCAUUUGGAAAUGCCAAUACUGAAAACAAUAGCAAUUCAACUCGUUUGUUUUAUACACUUGAAGUUGAUUUCGAUUUCUUGGGCGAUCCAUUGGGCGGACAAAUAGACGAUUAUUUUAUUGAAAAAACACGUGUAGCUAAACAUGAAAUUUAUGGCUAUAAUUUUCAUAUAUUUUACCAAUUGAUUGGAGGUGCCGGAUCGAAUCUUUUAAAAUUCCUUAAAUUAAAACGAAACAUUGAAACUUAUCAUCUACUCAAAGAUCGACCAUCGGAUCAACACGUGAACAAUGGUCAAAAUCAUGUUAAUGAAUUCCAAAAGACCAAAUCAACACUACAAGUGCUCGGAUUCACUGCCAACGAAAUUAUUGAAAUUUUACAAGUACUAGCAUUCAUAUUGAAACUUGGAAAUGUUCAAUUUUUACGAAAAGCCAACAUUGACAGUACAGAAGGCUGUACCAUCUUCAAUGAUUAUGGUAAUAUAUCAUCAUGA